AGUCAAGUGACGCGGAGCGGCUGGCCCGCGCGCAGACUGCGGAGCAGAGAGGCUGGAGAAUGGACUUGCGGGGGGUGGUUCGCAUUCUCUCUCUACUGCUGGUGCCGCUGCUGCUGGGUUCUGCGCGCGGCUUGCGCGCGGAGCUGACCUGGAAACCUCUGCUUGGCCACUGUCCUUUCUAAGGAACUCGCCUUCCUGAGCCUGCCCGCACAGAACUGGCAGGGGACCCUUUUAGGAGCAGAGAACAUGGCGAUCUUCAGGCAGCUGUCCCUGGGUGCAAAGGCUGCCCUGGCUGCCGGCACUGUCUUCGUGUCCAUGAUUGUGUCCCGCUCCUAUCUGGCGGGGAGCCUCGAGCUCAGGGCCUGGCGUUGGCUGUUGCGCCUGCAGCUCGCCCUGUUUGCCAAUUCGCUCAUGCUCAUUGGCUCCCUCUACAUCUGGCGUAGCACAGUCAGCAACCUCAGCCACUCCCCAGCCGCAGAGUCCACCUGUUUUCAGCUUUGGAAGAUGGCUGUUGUGGCAUUUCUGGCCCUGGCCCAUUCCAGUUUCUUCACCAUGCUCUUUUUAGUGGCCGAGGAGCCCUAUCUCUUCUCCGUGGCGGCCUACUCCUGCCUUGGGGCAUACAUCAUCAUGCUCUUCUUCCUGUGUACCCUCAGUGGCAUGGAGCAGGCCUCCCAGCUCUUGGCCUGGCGCGGUGGUCGGGCCGUGGGCAGCCUUGACAAGACAAGGAAGCUGGCCGUCAGGCCGGCCCUGGCAGUGGCAGUGACCGCCGUGCUCAGCGUGCUUGGGCUGCUGAACGCCGCCCAGCCCCCAGCUGUGAAAACCGUGGAGGUGCCCAUCCAGCAGCUGCCUCCCUCGAUGGACAGCCUCAAGAUUGUGCUCCUCUCAGACAUUCACUUGGGCCCCACGGUGGGCAGGACCAAGAUGGAGAUGUUCGUGAGGAUGGUGAACAUGCUGGAACCAGACGUCACAGUGAUCGUGGGUGACCUCUGUGACGCCGAAGCCUCCAUCCUCCGCACAGCUGUGGCUCCUUUGGGCCAGCUGCACUCACGCCUCGGCACCUACUUCGUUACGGGGAAUCAUGAAUACUACACGUCGGACGUCAGCAACUGGUUUGCGCUGCUGGGAUCCCUGAACGUCAAGCCCCUUCACAAUGAGAACGUGAAGAUUUCCACCGCGGGGGCCCAGCACGGGGGUGGAGAGGAGGAGGACUGGAUCUGCUUGGCUGGGGUGGACGAUAUCGAAGCAGACAUCCUGCACUACUCCGGCCACGGCAUGGAUCUCGUCAAGGCCCUGGGGGGCUGCAGCCCAGACCACACCACCAUCUUGCUAGCUCACCAGCCACUGGCUGCCAAGAGAGCCCUGCAGGCUCGGCCAGAUAUUAACCUGAUUCUUUCUGGGCACACGCAUGCUGGGCAAAUCUUCCCCUUGAACGUGGCAGCCUAUCUCUUGAACCCCUUCUUUGCUGGCCUCUACCAAGUGGCCCAGACUACGUUUGUAUAUGUCAGCCCAGGCACAGCCUACUAUGGGAUACCCAUGAGGUUGGGUAGCAGGGCGGAGAUUACGGAGCUCAUCCUGCAGCGGGCUCCCUGAACCGGGCCCUGCCUCGUACGCCUCUUCAGCGCCCUUGCCCUUCACCAGCCAUCCCUCCUUAGAGCGGGUUGCCUGCUUUGCCCCCUUCAGCCUCUCCUGCCCAGCCCUGCCAAUACACGCUUGGUCUCAGGCCUGGCUUGAACAGUGAUUUGUGCUGGGGCUGCCUGGCAAGUCCAGGCUGGUUCACUCUGUAGAUGGCCAGUUACUUUUUUAUAUGUAUCUGUGAGGCCACUCAAGUCACAUAUGUAAGAACGAGCAUCUGUUUUCCAGGUGAUGUGGAGUAAGCUCUCUUCCUCUGCAAAGCUCACAAGGCUGAACUGAAACAUGGGGUUGCUUGAAAGGAUACCUCUAGAAAGCAGAACAGAGGAACACUGGCGUUUUUAAACCCUCUUUAGGACUUAGGCAGUUCCCAGGAUCAUUGAUCCAGAGCUUUCUGGGGAAGGGGCAGUGUUGCUAGGUGAUCUGGGAGGACAGGCAAGAAGGAAGCCGCUCUGGCUGCUGGAGAGGAAUGUUUCCUUUUCCCUCGUGGUUCUGUCAGAGUCACCUUUAUUGAGGGCAUCAGGCAAACCCGCGGGGGCACAGGGCUCGGGCUGUUCUGGGCCUCCAGUGCUGCUAUUUUAUUGCCCAUACUCCUGGGCCUUGGGGAUUGGGGGUGGGGGUGGGGGGUUGGAAAGAAACAUGAGCACAGUGGUAGGCAUUGGUAAUAGUACUGCUGCUUAGGAAUUCAGAGGGGAUUUGCCUCCCGGGUCUCCUUUUAUUGAACACUUGGGUGAAGUAAUUAGGGAUAAGCUGCUUUUUCCUCCUCGAAGGUGAGCAAACGGAGGCAGAGAGAAGCAGGAUGCUGGCAACAUGACAGGUUAUGUAGGGGACCCUUGGCCGGAAGCCAGGUCUUCUGCCUCCCUGUCCACGGUCCGAUGCUUAAGGAGCAGGAACUGUGACAAGUGAGGGCAGGACUCAAGCACAUGCAACUGUGUAAAGAGAAUGAACAAGGCUCUAGAACCUGAUGGUCUCUCAGGGCUGGAAGGGAGUUGGCUUGUUUCAGCGUAGGAUGUCUGUAACGUUGGAAGAAGAGUCAAGAAAGUGGACUCCCCCCACCACCCAGGUUUGGGUGUGUGUUUUGUGAGAAACGGGUUCACCCUCUACCAGGGUAAGUUGAGGUUUCAUGGGGAAGUGGCAGGACUUUGUGCUCUGGCAGGGCAGCGAGACCUUCCUUCCCUCCCUCCCCCUGGGCCCUGGCUAUGGAAUGCCAGGACUGUCUUCCCUGCUGGGUGACUUCCACGCCAACACCUUCCUCUCCAUCCCUCACCCCAUCCUGACCCCAUCAGCAUUGUCCUAGGGCUCUGGCCAUAGAACCAUAGCGCCAUGCUGCUGGGCUCUGGACCCUCUGGAGUGACCCCACCCUGCUGGCCAAGCCUCUUGUGCCAGAGGCAAGAGACCCUUCAGCCCUGAGGUAGCAGUCAAUAAGCUCUCCUGUUGGAAAAGGCCUCACUGAGAAGCCUGGGGACCUCGGCUCAGCAUUGACUUAUUUGUAAUUGGGAGUCUUUCUUCAACGGGGAACAAAAACACCACUCUGCCUGGAGAAGCUCGCCCUGCUGCUCAUUGGUCAGGCAGCAUCUGGCAAAUGACUUGCCCUCACUGAGCCUCAGUUUCCCUCACCCUAAAAUGAGGAUAAUUCUCUCUACCUCAAGAUUGUUUUGUGGGGCUGGUAUUAAGACGUGAAGUAAGGUACACGUGGCCCAUGUUGGUGGUGGUAAUAUUUAAACAUCACAUGGGGCACGCUAGGGAGCUGUGUUGGGCACAGGUGCCCAGAGAAUUUAUGGAGUGGCCAAACCUGGGGAGUGUGAGUGGGUAGCAUGCUGCCUGUGGCCAGGGUCCGGUGAUCUGUCAAAGCAGCAACUGCUGGGGGUCCGCUUCCCUUGGCCUGUGCACACUGGGCCUGGCCGCAGGGAGUUUCUUCAUUUUCCUCCUGUCUUCCUGGUGUAUAACAGAAUCCUAGGCCAUCGUGGAGACCCCCUUUCUUGUUUGCAGGAAGUCGAGAUACUGACAGCGAGCCUUCCAGGGAAAUUUAAAAUCUGUCUUUGAGUUGAGAUGUCAGUGGUUUCCUUAUUUUGUAUCCCCUUGUGCUCAAUCGUCCUUGCAGCCAGGAGUAUUUGGAGAACAAACUUACUCAGAACUGAGGAAGGGACCCUGCCCUUUCUUUGAAUACAUCUUGCAGAUGGUGGGAUUACAGAGAGGUGAAGUGCUUCACCCGGGGCUGCCGCCCAGCUCCCAUAGUACGCUCCUCGCUGGCCACCCUCCCGGCCUCAGGGUGACUGCUCUUCCAAACCCUCUCCGUUCCGUGGGACCUGACCCCAUUUUCUGGAUCAUUCCAGUUGACUUUCUUGUUCCCUUUUGUUUAGAUCUCACCAGGCUCUGCUAGUUGAUGCCAUUUGUCGUCCAGCCUUAAGUGCAGCUGCUGGUGGUUGACUUGCCUACCUUUUUGGAUCUUUUUUCAUCAGUGUUCUGAGCUUCAUGAAAUUAGCUUCCUUCCUUAUUUUUUAUCUUGCAUCUUUGUCUCUUCUUUCUCCUGAAGGCUGUCAUUUUGCGGUCUUGUGUACCCUUCAUCCUUGUUCUGAAGUCCUUGCUUGACUGAUUUCUUUCUACUCCUGGAAGUAAGACAGGGCCAUCCUGUGUGUCUCGGGAAUACUGAGCAGCAACUUCCCGUGCGUGGUUUAUAUCCCAUGAUGAGGUGCAAUUGUUCCCAGCAGAAAUCCGUCCAUUACUGUGCAGAUGUGGCUCUGGCAGGCUGCUCUCCACGUACCCUUCGCACCUGUUCCCUGUUCCCCACUCACUUACCUUCUUUGUUUUGUUCGUUUAUGGCUGGGGGAGGUGGUGAGGAACAUUUACUUGAAGCUUGAAAAUUCUUCCAAUUUCCUUUCUGUUUCUUUCUUUCUUUUUUUUAAUUUGUUAAACACAAGUUAAAAUGAAAUGUAAUGCUUUUUAAAAAUUAACAAUAGGGCGCCUGGGUGGCUCAGUCGUUAAGCAUCUGCCUUCGGCUCAGGUCAUGAUCCCAGGGUCCUGGGAUCAAGCCCCACAUCAGGCUCCCUGCACUGCGGGGAAGCCUGCUUCUCCCUCUCCUACUCCCCCUCCCUGCUUGUGUUCCCUCUCUCGCUAUGUCUCUCUCUGUGAGAUAAAUAAAUAAAAUCUUUAAAAAAAUAAAAUAAAAAUAAAAAAUAAAUAAAAAUUAACAAUAGCAUGUGAAAUAUACUGUUGUUAUAAAAUCUCAAUAAAUUAAUGCUGUGUCAUCCUUUCCAAACAUCCAGCCAUCCUUUUCUCACCCUUAUUUUAUUUUGUUUUAAACUUUUUAUUGUGAAAAAGUAAAAAUAUUCACAAAGCAGAGAGAAUAGUAUACUGAAUCCCCAGGUUCAUCAUGCAGCUUCAGUAAUUAUGACUAUUUCACUGUACUUUCUCAUGUACCACUGCCUGGUACUCUUUUUUCUUUUGUGGCUGGAAUAUGUUAAAGCAAAUCUUAGAAAACAUAACUUCAGAGGCGCCUGGGUGGCUCAGUCAGUUGAGCAUCAGAUUCUUGAUUUCAGCUCAGGUCAUGAUCUCAGGGUCCUGAGAUCGAGCCCCAUGUCAGGCUCUGCGCUCAUACUUGAGAUUCUCUCUCCCUCUCCUUCUGCCCCUCCCCCCCCAUGCUCACUCUCUCUUUCUCUCUCUCUUUCAAAUAAAUAAAUAAAUCUUUCUUUAAAAAAGGAAAACAUAACUUCACCCAAAUGUACUUUUUAAUAAAGCACAUCCAUGUCAUUGUAUCCAAUAAAGGUAAUUCUUUAACAUCAUUUAAUACCUAGUUAGGAGAUCUGGCGCUGGAAGCCAGGUCUUCUACCUCUUAAUAAAAGUGUGUUUUUCUGCUGUUUCAGGGUUAAGUAGUUGUAUCUGAGUACGGGAUUAAAUGAAAGUAACUGUGUAGAGAAUUCAUGUUCUGUUUCUCCUGAUUACAUCAAUUGUCUUUUUAUUGUGAUAAAAAACGUAGUGUAAAACUGAUCAUCUUAAUGAUUUUUAGGUGUGCAAUUCAAUAGUGUUAAGUAUAUUUACGUUGUCAUGAACCCCACCCAUUAAACAAUAACUCCCCCCCCCCCACCAGCUGGCAACCACCAUUCUACUUUCUGUUUCUAUGAAUUUGACUGCUCUGGGUACUUCAUAUAAGUGGAAUCAAACAUUAUUUGUCUUUUUGCGACUAGCUUAUUUCACUUUGCAUCACAUCCUCGAUGUUCAACCAUGUUGUAAUAUGCAACAAGACUUCCUUUUUAAGACUAAUGUUCCAUUGUCUGUAUAGCCUACAUUUUGUUCCAUUCAUCCAUCAGUGGACAUUUGGGGUGUUUCCACCUAUUGUCUAUUGUGAAUAGUGCUGCUACGAAUAUGGGUGUGUAUAUAUCUCUUCAAGGCCCUGAUUUCUAUUCUUUUGGGUACAUACACAGAAAUGGGAUUGUUGGAGCGUAUGUUAGUUCCAUUUUUCCUUUUUUGCAGAACCGCCUCACUAUUUUCCAUACCAGUUGCACCAUUUUACACUCCCAUCAGUGCAUAAGAGCUCCAGUUUCUCUACAUUCCCACCAAAACUUCUUUUUUUUUUUUUGAUAAUGUGGUUUUGAUUUGCAUUUCUCUGAUGAUUAGUGAUAUUGAGCAUCUUUUCCUAUGCUUAUUAGCUAUUAGUCUAUCAUCUUUGGAGAAAUGUCCAUUCAGGUCUUUUGCCUAUUUUAAAAAUCAGGUUAUUUGAUUUUUGUUGUUACCGAGUUAUAGGAGGUCUUUAUAUAUUCUGGAUAUUAACCCCUUACCAGAUAUAUGAUUUGCAAAUAUUUUCUCUCAUUCCAAAAUUGACUUUUCACUCUAUUGAUUGUGUCCCUUGAUGUGCAAAAGUUUUUAAGUUUGAUGUCUUAUUUGUCUGUUUUCAUUUUUUUGCCUGUGCUUUGCUGUCAUAUCCAAAAAAAAAAAAUGAGUAAGUUCAGUGUUAAAGCUUUUCCCCUUUGUUUCCUUCUAAGAGUUUUAUAGUAUUGGGUCUUAUGUUUAGGUCUUUGAUCCAUUUUGAGUUACUUUUUAUAUAUGGUGUAAGGUAAGGGUCCAGCUUUAUUCUUUUGCAUGUGGAUAUCCAGUUUUCCCAACAUCAUUUCUUGAGGAGACUCUCCAUUCCCUGUUGAGUUGUCCGAGAGUCCUUGUUGAAGACCAUUUGAGCAUAAAUAUGAGGGUUUAUCUCUGGCCUCUCUACUAUAUUCCAUUGGUCUAUUUGUCUGUUUUUGUUUUUGUUUUUAAAGAUUUUAUUUAUUUAUUUGAGAGAGAGAGAAAGAGCAUGAGCAGGGUUGGGGAAGGGCAGAGGAAGAGGGAGAAGCAGACUCCUUGCUGAGCACGGAGCCCAACACAGGGCUCAGUCCCAGGACUCGAGAUCAUGACCUGAGCCAAAUGCAGAUGCUUAACUGACUGAGCCACCUAGGCACCCCUAUUUGUCUGUUUUUAUACCAGUACUGCACUGUUUUGAUUACUGUAGCUUUGUAAUAUUUUUGGAAUCAGGAAGUGUGAGUCUUCCAACUUUGUUCUUUUUCAAAAUUGUUUGGGCUACUUGGGGUUCCUUGAAAUUCCAUAUGAAUUUUUCUAUUUCUGCAAAAAAAUGCAGUGGAGUGUUGAUAGAGAUUGCAUUGAAUCUAUAGGUCACACUGGGUAGAAUGGAUAUCUUAAUACUCAGUCUUCUAAUCUAUGAACACAGGAUCUCUUUCCAUUUAUCUCUUUCAGCAGUGUUUUGUAGUUUUCAGUGUAUGAGUCUCACCUCCUUGGUUAGGUUUAUUAAGCGUUUUAUUCUUUUUGAUGCUAUUGUAAAUGCAGCUGAUUUUUAUUUGUUGAUUUUGUAUUCUGCAGUUUUGCUGAAUUUGUUUAUUAGUCAUAACAAUUUUUUUUUUUUUGUAUAUGGAAUCUUUUCUUUUUCUUGCCUUGUUGCUCUGGCUAAGACUUCCAAUACUCCGUUGAAUAGAAGUGGUAAGAGCAGGCAUUCUUGCCUUGUUUCUGAUCAUAGAGGAAAAGCUUGUGGUCUUUCAUCAUUGAAUAUGAUGUUAACUGGACUUUCAUAUAUGGCCUUUUUUAUGUUGAGGUGAUUUCCUUCUACUCCUAGUUUGUUGAGUGUUUUGUCAUUGAAAUGGCGUUGAAUCUUGUCAAAUCUGUCUCUGCCUCAAUUAAGAUGAUCAUGUGUUUUUUGUCCUUUAUUCUGUUAACAUGGUGUAUUACAUUGAUUGAUUUUCAUAUGUUGAACCAUACUUGUGUUACAGGAAUAAAUCUCACUUGGUCAUGUGGUGCAGUCCCUUUAAUGUGUUGUUGAAUUCAGUUUGCUGGUACUUUGUUGAGGAUAUUUGCAUCAAUAUUUAUCAGAAAUAUUGGUCUCUAGUUUUCUUGUUAUGUCUUGUCUUACUUAGGUAUUAAGGUAGUGUUAGCCUUAUAGAAUGAGUUUAGAAGCCUUUCUCCUCUUUGAUUUUUGGAAAGGUUUCAAGAAAAUUGGUGUUAAUUCUUCUUUAAAUGUUUGGUAGAAUUCUCUAGUGAAGCCAUCUGGUCCUGGGUUUUUCUUUGUGAUUUUCAGUUACUGAUGCAAUUUUCUUUCCAGUUAUUGGUCUCCUCGGAUUUUCUGUUUCUUCGUGAUUCAGUCUUGGUAGGUUGUAUGUUUCUAGGAAUUUUUUCAUUUGUUCUAGAUUACCCAAUUUGUUGGCAUACACUUGUUCAUAGUAGUAUCUUAUAAUCUUGUUUAUUUCUGUGGCAUCAGUUGUAAUAUUUCCUCUUUCAUUUCUGAUUUUAGUUGAGUCUUCUCUCUUUCUUAGUUCAUCUAGCUAAAGAUUUGUUGAUUUUGUUGAUCUUUAAAAAAAAAAAAAACUCUCAGUUUCAUUGAUUUUUGUCCUUAUUUUUGUUUGUUUGUUUGUUUGUUCUGUCUUUCAUUUAUCUCUGCUCUGAUUUUUAUUAUUUCCUUCUUUCUGCUAGCUUUGGGUUUAGUUUGUUCUUUGGUUUCUUUUUCUUUUUUUUUUUUUUUAAGAUUUUAUUCAUUUGACAGAGAGAGACACAGCAAGAGAGGGAACACAAGCAGGGGGAGUGGGAGAGGGAGAAGCAGGCUUGCCGCUGAGCAGGGAGCCCAGUGUGGGACUCGAUCCCAGGACCCUGGGACCAUGGCCUGAGCCAAAGGCAGACGCUUAAUGACUGAACCACCCAGGUAUCCUGUUCUUUGGUUACUUGAAGAAUUAUGUCUCUUUAUAGUUCUUUUGUUUGAAUCAGGACUUAAAAUAAGACCCAUAUACUGUAUAUGAUAUAUUUCUUAAAUCUAACUCUAUAAAACAUCCUCUCCUUUUUAUGUCAUUUAUUUGUUUAAGUUAUCUGGAUAUUAUCUUAGUAUUUCCUACAUUUUGGAAUUGUGGUGAUUAAUGUGUUGUACUAUCCCUCAUAUUGUCUGUGAACUGGUAGAGCUAGAGAUCUAUAAAAGUUGCAGUUAGAGGCUGGAUAGAUUCAGGUUCAACUUUUUUUCUUUUUUGGGCAGGAUGACUUCAUUGCUUUCAGUGAAACCCAUUGGUCCAGUGUUGUCAACUUGAUCCCUCCACUGGAAAGUUCCUCAUCAUCUUUUGAUCUAAUGUUUCAGCAGUCAUUGAUGACUAUUGCCUGACUAUUCCACUAGGGAUUCCAAAGUUGUGAUUUUUUUUUUUUUAAAGUUUGCUACACUCAUUAUAGAAUUUAGUGAGCCAGAGUACUAAGAAGGCUUUCCAGGAAUAGUUGAUUACUUAACUUUUAUAUAUUCAGGAGACAAUGGAAACUUCUUUUAUCUCUGUUCUGAAUUCUGAAAGAGUUUUUGGAGCACUCAGAAAUAUAAUCCUGCCAUCAGCCCCCAAAAUGGUGAUUUUUAAUUUCAUCAUCUGUGGUUCUUCUAAAAAGAACUCUCCUCAUCAGUUGGUUACUCUGAAAAAGGCUGUAACAGAGGUAAGAGAGAUGCUAGACUCUUCCCCUUUAUUCAUCAAUUGUCAGAAUAAAGAGUUGAUGCCCCAGCAAACUCCAAGGAUGUUCAAUAAUCUCUUCUUUGCGGUGGGAGGGAAUAUCAUGAAUUUGGCUGUUUUCAUAGAUCUGAUGUGUUUCAGUCCAUUGAAGUGAUAAAUCUUUUUUUUUUUAGAUUUAUUUAUUUGAGAAAUAGAAAGAGAGAGAGAACAGAGGGAGAGGGAGAGGGAGAAGGAGAAGCAGACACCCCAGUGAGCAGGGAGCCUGAUGCCAGGCUUGAUCCAAGGACCCUGAGAUCAUGACCUGAACUGAAGGCAGACGCUUAACUGACUGAGCCACCCAGGCACCCCUGAGUGAUAAAUCUUUUGCUGCUCAAAAUCUCCCACCUUUGGCCAGUUGGAGCGAAAUUGCUUCUGUAUCAUACCGUAAUGGUUUUUGAUAGUUUUAGGCUUAUUUUCUAUGUAUUCUGUCCUAGACUUGGACUAAGUAAUUUCUUGAAGGAGCUCUGGUUCCUUUGAGUGGGAAAUAUUUAAAGGCCAUAAUUUAAGUGCUAGAGGAGCUAAGUGUUACUAGCUAGUGUCGUUUCUAAGCUGUUUCAGUGGCUGUUGCUAGGAAAUAAAUAUUUUUUAGAAAGAAAAAAAUUAUAAGUUAUAUUAGUAUUUCCAAUUUAAAUGGCAAAUUAUGAGCUUUUUAAAAAACAAGCUUUAUUUUUUAGAGCAGUUUUAGUUUCACAGCAAAAUUGAAUGGAAGGUACAGAUUUCUCGCAGAACCCAGAUUACAGGGUUUUUACUUAACUUUCUCAGAUUUUAUGUUUGUUUCUGUUUUACACUGAAAAUUUUGGUUCCUAACAGCCAAUGUAAUUACUUAUUUACUUUAUCCUACUUAACAUAUAUUAUGGAUUCAAAAUAGCCAUGAAAUAUGAUUGCUAGGAUGAAAUCUACUGGAUGCAGUUUUGUUUGUUCAUUUGUUUUACCUGAAUGCAGUUUAAGAUAUAUUUUUAUCCUUAGGCUAAAUACCAUCAAAAUACUAUUUCAAAUUCACUUGAAAUGAUUCUUUUCUCUGUGGAAAGAAAGUUAGGUCUGAUUUUAACUUUCAAGAACUGUUUUAUAAUUUUAAAACAUUUUUAUUUUUUUAAGGCUAUGUACUUACUUUUCUCUGAGCUGAGGAGGCAGAAUUAAAUCUGUAACUGCCUGUGAGUCCUGGAGGAUUGGGAGCUGGUCCCAAGCUGUGUUCAUUUCUCCUCCAUUCUGCCAUUUUCCUCCCGCUUCUGUUGUAAUUUAUGCUCCGUUGUAAUUUACGCUCUUCAUCCACCGUCUUUUUGGAAUGCUGGGCAAAAAUCUUUUUGGAACAAGACAGGCAUAAAUAAAUAACAACAUUGAUAAAAAUAGAAUGCAUAAGCCAUAGCAGGUCAUCCACAACUUCCUCCCCAUCCGUAUUGAUCAUCACCCUUCCCUGUGGCUGUUUUGCUUCUUCAGCUUGUCUGGUGUCUGGUGCUUCCCUGACACUGGAUGUUUGAAAGGCUCUUAGCUCUGGCACAAAGUUUGUUGUAUAGUCAUCUGAAAUAGCCCUCUGUCUUUCUAUUCUGUGAGCUGAGGGAUCUGGGAAGCCCAUGUGUAUAAACACCCUUCCAUCCCUAUCUUCUCCACUCCCCUCAAUCCCUUGUCCCUCAACCGGAGGGCACUAGCAGCCUAGGAGGGUGGGUCUCUGCCACUCUGGAGCCGAGCAGCUCAUGUCAGGAAUUCUCCAGGCUCUUGGGCCUCUGGGGUGAGUGAAAGGGCAUACAGGGUGCUGGGGAUGCAGAUCCAGUGAAUAGGUGCUUUACUAGAGUCCUACUGAAGGGCUUGAAGAUGUAUUGUCUUCAUAUGGUCAGCAUGACCCAUAACUUGUGAUGUCACUGAGCUCCUUUUAUUUCUUUGUUCUGGUUGAGGAAUGUGCAUAAAGUAAUGUAAUAUAAUGAUCUUUAGUCCUGAGUAUUAGGAAACCUGGGGAAUGUUCACCUUACUUGGUGACGUAAGUAUUCGUAUUAUGUUUAGUUUUCUUAAAGAAAUGCUUAUUUACCACUGAAAUAAUCUACACAAAAUAAAUAUCUUUUAAAAUGUUCUGUAGGACAGUAUUAGGUCUCUGCUGUGUAAUUGGUUCAAGGGUAUUUUGUUUGUGCUGCUGUCUUUUUUCUCCAGUAUUAUAUGCAUUAUGUACACAGGGGUCUUGGGAAGGUGUGUGCUUGCCUUGCCUGCAAUUGCUUUUUCUUUUAUAAGUUUCUGUGCAUUGUAAUGCAUUGUAAACACUGAUGCUACCACAGCCCUGCAUGUAUGAAAUAAAACCAUGGCUCUUCA